AUGCCGUGUCCAUGUCGGUCCCAGGGAGCUGUCCGAGGUACCGGAGGAGUCGACUCCCACGAUGACAGUGAAAAGGGACACAAGAACAGUAACCCCAACUCCAACAAUACACGUAACAUCAACUCUCAAAAUACUGGUAACCCCAACUCUCAAAAUACUGGUAACCCCAAUUCAAACAAUACACGUAACAUCAACUCUCAAAAUACUGGUAACCCCAACUCCAACAAUACAGGUAACCCCUACUCCAAAAAUACAGGUAACCCCAACUCCAACAAUACAGGUAACCCCAACUCCAACAAUACAGGUAACCCCAACUCCAACAAUGCAGGUAACCCCAACUCCAACAAUACAGGUAACCCCAACUCCAACAAUACAGGUAACCCCAACUCCAACAAUACAGGUAACCCCAACUCCAACAAUACAGGUAACCCCAACUCCAACAAUACAGGUAUCCCCAACUCCAACAAUACAGGUAACCCCAACUCCAACAAUACAGGUAACCCCAACUCCAACAAUGCAGGUAACCCCAACUCCAACAAUACAGGUAACCCCAACUCCAACAACACAGGUAACCCCAACUCCAACAACACAGGUAUCCCCAACUCCAACAAUACAGGUAACCCCAACUCCAACAAUACAGGUAUCCCCAACUCCAACAAUACAGGUAACCCCAACUCCAACAAUACAGGUAACCCCAACUCCAACAAUACAGGUAACCCCAACUCCAACAAUACAGGUAACCCCAACUCCAACAAUACAGGUAACCCCAACUCCAACAAUACAGGUAUCCCCAACUCCAGCAAUACAGGUAACCCCAACUCCAACAAUACAGGUAACCCCAACUCCAACAAUAACUAUCUCAGAAAAGAUAUGACAAUGAAGAGGCAGUAUUGGAUAAAAUAUGACUACGCAGCAGACCUGGAAGAGACCCUUAGUUCAUAUGACACACCCAUGUUGCAGGGUGCUAGUGCAUCCCAGAACUGA